CCACCCCCAUCGCUGCAGUGUCUCAGCUGCCUUAGAGCAAACAGGAGAGGAUAUUGAACCCAUAAGACAGGAAAAAGAGGGGCGCUAAAAGAGAGAGAUGUGUGUGUGUAUGUGUGUGUGUGUGUGAAUAUGAGGAAGAUAUGAAGAUGAAGCAUCAGGACUAAAGGCGGAUUGCACAGAGCUUUUCUCUCCCUGCAAGGGCUUGUCUGCAGUAGCUUCUGUAAAUGGAUGCUGGCUUGUGAAUACGACUUGGGGGCCUUCAGUUGUCAGCAAGAUAUCAAACCGCAGAAGAAGCAGAAGACAUUUUAUCAGGAAGAUCAAGCGUAACAGGCCAAAUAUUGAACUGAGAUGGAUGGUUCCAGAAGUCAAACAAGGGCAACACACCACAAGAACCAUGGGGGAGAGUGAGGGGGGUUUGCUAUUUGCACACAUCAAGUCCAACCACUUUUUCUGCUGACAUUCCCUUAACGCUCCCCAGCCCUCCUCCAGAGCUCUUCCUCAGGGGGAGCCCAUGCUAUGAACCCCAGGUCUCUUAACUAGAGCCAGCAGUUCAACCUCAGUGCCAGGUACUGUGUGGGCAUCCCACAAGUCUGGGCUCUGUCCACCCAGGACUCACAGGCUUCCCCUGAACAAAAAGCAUGAAAUACUCUCUAGUCUAGUGUUAAACUGCUCUGUUCUUAAGUCUUGCCUGCUCCUUUAGUAAAAACCCUCCUCAACUCUUCCAAAAGCUCCUUUUCAGUCACCGCUUCAUUAUAAUUGGUUUUCCCAUCAAACAGCAGCACGAGUUCCUUUGUGCUCACCACGUGGUGGAGGACCAUGGGUUGCCGUCAGAGCUCGGAGGAGAAAGAAGCGGCGCGGCGCUCACGGCGAAUCGACCGCCACUUGCGCUCAGAGAGUCAGCGGCAGCGGCGUGAGAUCAAGCUACUGCUGCUGGGCACUAGCAACUCUGGCAAGAGCACCAUUGUUAAACAGAUGAAAAUCAUCCACAGUGGCGGCUUCAACCUGGAGGCAUGCAAAGAGUACAAGCCCCUCAUUCUGUACAAUGCCAUCGACUCCCUCACCCGCAUCAUCCGUGCACUCACCACCCUCAAGAUUGACUUUCACAAUCCUGAUCGCGCCUAUGAUGCUGUGCAGCUCUUUGCCCUCACAGGUCCAGCUGAGAGCAAAGGCGAGAUCACUCCAGAGCUGCUGGGGGUCAUGAAGCGACUCUGGUCCGACUCAGGAGUCCAGGAGUGCUUUCAACGAUCCAAUGAGUACCAUUUAGAGGACAACACUGCCUAUUACCUGAAUGACCUGGACCGUAUCUCUGCACCUGAGUACAUCCCUACUGUAGAAGACAUCCUAAGAUCCCGUGACAUGACCACUGGCAUUGUAGAGAACAAGUUCACCUUCAAGGAGCUGACCUUCAAGAUGGUAGAUGUGGGCGGACAGCGUUCGGAGAGAAAGAAGUGGAUCCACUGCUUUGAGGGCGUGACUGCAAUCAUUUUCUGUGUCGAGCUAAGCGGCUAUGACCUCAAACUCUAUGAGGACAACCAGACGAGCCGUAUGGCUGAGAGCUUGCGCCUGUUUGACUCCAUUUGCAACAACAACUGGUUCACCAACACGUCGCUCAUCCUCUUUCUCAACAAGAAGGACCUGCUAGCUGAGAAGAUCAAACGCAUUCCUCUGACAGUUUGCUUCCCUGAGUACAAAGGUCAGAACACCUAUGAGGAGGCAGCCGUCUAUGUGCAGCGGCAGUUUGAGGACCUCAACCGCAACAAGGAGACCAAGGAGAUCUAUUCACACUUCACCUGUGCCACUGACACCAGCAACAUCCAGUUUGUCUUUGACGCUGUCACGGACGUGAUCAUCCAGAACAAUCUCAAGUAUAUUGGGCUGUGCUAGGACCUGACGCUGGGUGGGUGUGUGUGGAAGGUGGGUGGGGGUGGGGUGGGGUUUAAGCAGGCUGCUUGGCAGCUGUUGGCUCGCCAUCAGACUGGAUAAGCAAAAGGCAUAUCAGUCUGCCUUAUGGUUAAUCAUGUUGAAGAGGUGCAACAGAGAACUGCAAAGGAAAUGAAGCAGUAAUGUGGUCAGGGACGGACAAUACUGUAGAUUCAACAAAGCUGAUGGGAUUUUCACCAGUGUGUUUGCACUGAAUAUGAGUAUGCAGAGACACACACGCGCACAACCUUAUGUUUGCUCACACGCCAGAUCUUUGGAUCAACAGUCAGUCACUUCUUUGACAAGGCAACACUGGAAAUGUCAGACUGCUGCCCCUGCCUGGCUGCCAAACGUGAGACUGAGUCGUAGGUCUGUACCGGUGGUUUUCAGUUACUUUUGUUUCUUUUAUUUUAUUUGCCUGAGUCAAUUAAUGCUGCUUUACAAGAAGAAUUUUGACAGAAUCAAUCUUUUCUUUUGGGAUUUCAUUACGGUAAACAGUGAGUGCACCUGGUGAGACAGAAAGAUUCUGUAUUUCUGGAAAAUCAAAUGUCACUAGAUAUGAUGUCACAGGGUUUCUGUCUAAAAGAGGAAACUGCCACUUUCUAAAGCUGAAGUGAAAUACAUUUUCUACUCACUAUUUCUCCUUUUGCCCUGGUCGACUCUUUAGUGUUAUUCUUAACCCAUCUUUAUUUGAUCUUUUUUGAGCUUUAAUUAAAAAUUUGUCUCUCAAACCUGCCUUUUAUAGCAGGUCCCUGACUUGUAAUGCCAGGAGAGUGUUAACGCUCCUUAGAAUCAAAAGUAUUCUUUAUGAUCAUUCCGGUUUUCAGCGAGAGACGACAAAAACUGUGCCAAGAUCAGUUUGUAAAUAAAACCAGAUCCCAUCCAUUGUGUUAACUUUUUGUUUUGUUUUUAAAGACAAAAACAUUAAAAAUGCAUGAUUUUAUUACUUUGGGAUACUGAUAUUUUUUUUUGGGGGGGGGGGAUUAUGUUCCUUUUUUUUUAACACUUAAAUAAUAUAUUCCCAAAUAUAUAUAAAAGUCAAACACUGUGUAUGAUUGUACAGUUGUCAGAGAGGAAUCUAUUGAAGAGUUUUAUCAAUAUAAUAAUGGUAAUUAUGAUGUUAUGAUGAUGAUGAUUACAGUGAUGACAAAGAAAACCUCAAUAUGGAUCAAAACAGAACAAGACUAGAAAAAUAAGAAAGCAAAGAAGCAAACCUUGACAGUUCAAAUUUCUUUGCAUUAUCUAAGUGGAAAUUGUUAAACAGUCAGUCAGUAUGAUGUGUAAAUAUACUGUAAGGUACACUCUUUGUUGAAACAAAUGAAAAUAAAUGUUGAGCUGGGAUACUAGAAGUGAGAUAAAGAGGGAGCGAGAGAGAGAGAAGGAGGGAGAUCCCCCGCUCCGCUUGUCCUCGUCCCCUUUUUCAGUUCAGAUGGCCAUGUGCAAACAACUCAGCUAAGGGCUUCAGGCUUGACUUUAUGGGAUGUCCACUUCAACAAAAGACAAAACAAUUUAAAAAGGAAAUAUAAAAAAUACAGUAACUAUGAAUAAAAGAACUUAUGCAAAUUUUCAUGGUGCAGUAAAUUUGUUUUUGGGUGGUGGUUGUGUCAGGUGUUUUAAAUGUGUAUGGGAUGGUAGACAGCUGCCGGCCGUCCAUGUCACGAACCUUCUUCUUUUUUCAAAAUUAGGCUGCGUCAAAUAAUUUGCAAGCUGGGACAGAGCUUCCAAAUUCAUGACAUAAAAAGUGUUCCUCCUCACCAUACAAAGGGGCAAAAACAAUUUGCACAUACAGUAAAGUAUGAAGUUAUACAUGGCAGCAUACAAUGUAAACCAGCGCUGACCCUACAAAUCUGCUAACAGCUCUGUGAGAGUCCCCGGACAUGAACUGUGUUUUGCUGUUAUUAGUAUUUAGAGAUACAGUAGAUCUCACACAAAAUGGAUUUUAUUGAAUGCAACACUUAGAGUAACAUAAAUAAAGGGCCAUUCAGAAGUUUAGAUAAGAACUGAUAUAAAGUCUCCUAUUAAACAUCUAUAUCAUGGUGAGGUUUCUAACCAGCAGGGCAGCGUGUUACCUCUCUGUGGAGCCCAUGAAUAUUUUUCAUGUUUAUUUCAGUCUGUUCG